AAAGUAGUUAAGGCCGAUAAUGUGCGAGUCAUUUGAACUUCAAUUUGAUAACAUAAUUGACAUAAUCUAUGUUGUGAUAUAGAGCUGGCGGUCGAGUUUAAUGCAACGAUUAGAUAAAUUGCCACAUGAUUCAAUUAUUUCAAAAUGUAUGAAAACAUACGUGCGCAGGACAUUGAUAUGUGAGGUGCUUUGUCUACCUGGAACACAACGUUUUGUGACCGACGAUAUUCAAAUGGCUGAAUAUGGUGGGGAAGGCGAAGGCGAUAAAUUGCAGUUGGAAACGGUGCGAAUGGUGUUAAGGGAGGAGAUAAAUGAGGCGUUACAUGAUUUUAGCAUUGGACCGGUACACAAAAGAGAUGAAAGGGCGAACGACAUAGAAGCUGAGUACCAACAGAAAUGUCGAGAUUUUCUAGGACGGUUGAAAGAAUACUACAAGAAAACAAUGAAAAUGCUACCUGUUUCGCCAAUAUGGUAUGGUCGUGAGAAAUCGAUUAUGGAUAUAUUUGUACCGAUACAAUUAAACCAUAUCGCACUCGAGAAAAACGGAUCUCGAAGAGAUACGGAACAAAAGGUAGACACAUACAAGGACAUGUUUUAUAAAAACACCACAUUGAGCGACCGAGUAUCCAUACAAGGAGAUCCUGGAAUGGGCAAGACUACGUUUCUUGCUAAAUUGGUCCUUAACUGGUGCGAUUCAGACUCAACAGAUCCGGAGCCCAGCUCUAAAUUCAGUGAUGUAGAAACAUUACAGAAUUUCAGAUUUUUAUUCCACAUAAAACUUCGAGACUCAAUUGGGCAAAGUAAAGUAGUAAACAUGAUCAAAACACAAAUAAUUGAUGAAAUAUACUUUAAUGAAAAACAACAGAGGGAGGCAUACGAUUUACUUGGAAGCAUCUUGGAAAGGGAGACCUGCCUUGUAACAAUGGAUGGGUUAAACGAAUGGACCGAUCACACACAAGAAAACCCUAUACCGAAACUGUAUUCUUUAUCCAAGCAAUGUGUUGUCUUAACAACUUCACGACCCUGGAAAAUGGCUGAUAAGCGUAUCAGAGAUUCUGAAAUCGGUACACUAAUAGAAGCGGUUGGAAUAACUGAAACCGAACAGCUUAUACGUAAUUUGCUACGUUCAAUGACGGAAGACGAUCAAGUGUCAUAUAAAGAAUUUAUGGCCUACGUAAAGGAAAGUAAAUUAAACCAUUUUCUGGCGUCGCCUUGGAUGCUUACACUCCUAGUUAAUUUAUGGGUGGACAAAACGUUUUUAAGUGGAUCAUUGUGCGAAAUAAAUAAAGUUCUGAUAUACACCCUUUUCAACAAAGAGCUACCAGAAGAUGGGUUAACUGAACACAUUCCAUCGGAAAAUGCAGUUUUCGAGCAUCACACAGAGAUUUGUAACGCACUAGCAAGGGUUGCAUUUAAUUUCACGAUUGGCUCUGAAAAGUCACUAGUAUUAAGCAAACAGGAUUUAUUAAGUACUGGCAUGUUGUCAAAUAAACAACUCGAGUUUGCCAUCAGAUCUGGUGUUUUAAGUGAACGACAUUGCUUCUCAGCCGCAUCGUGUAAAUCGCAAGUUUCAUUUCUACAUGAAACAAUCCAGGAAUUCUUUGCUGCUUCUCAUAUCGCUACUUUGCCGGAUGACACAAUUACGAAUAUAUUUUGCAAAAGUAAGUAUAAUGUGUUGGAAAUCAGCCAUGUAAUCAUUUAUCUCAGUGGACUAAAGUGUGAUGUAGCUAAUAAAGUAAUACAAUAUCUGACAGAAGACGUUUUCAACGACGUAAACACAGAACUUGACUGGAUAAGAAUUGGAUCAGAUGACACGUACACGACAUUAAGAUAUUACGUCGUUAACCGUCUGAUGUUAUCUUUAGUGCAGGACAUCAUGAUAAGCUGUUAUCAGGAGGCAAACGUCAGCAGAGAAAAGCAUUUUCGUCUGGAAAUGAGUGAUUUCAUAUUUAAAGCAAACGUAAACAAGAAAAAAAACGAUGAUUUGUUGCAAAUUUUAAUGAUGAACACGUCCAAUAUACGAACACUCAGUUUAGAACGCAGUGUAAUACAAGAACAUACAAUAUUAACAGUCCUUCAACAAUCAACACAUUGCAUCGAACGUUUGAAAACGCCAAUAUCUCGAGCAAUUAUAUCCGCACUACAUAAUCUGAACGUAAAACAGUUGGCUUUAAUCGGCAAUAGCGAUGUGUCAUUGUUUUCCGAGCUGCUGCCAUCCAUGAUUAACCUGACGCUUUUGCUGAUAGAAGAAUCUGAUUUUAACAAAGAUAAUUUCCCACCGCCCUCUGUUGAAAAUGUAUCGAAUGUUCGGUUGCCUAUACUGUUAGAGCAUGUUGCUUUAUUGAAUUGCAAAAUUUCCCUUGAAUGGCUGUGCAGUUUAUUGAUCACACUCUCUUCAUUAGAUCAUCAUGUCAAGUGUACUCUUUCCAAUGUUGUAUUGCAUUUACAUAAAGAAACCCGUCGGCACGAAUCACGUAUACAUGUAUCGGACUUGCGAUCUGAAAUUAUGUCACAUGACAUGUCGAAUAUUGAGAUAUUAGUGGACAAUGUCAGUAAGGAGCUGUUUGAAAUAUUACGUGAUACACGUGUGCGGAUCCUUGACCUGAGAACGGCUGAGUGUGCAUUGGAUUUAAUGAAGGACUCCCCUGGAUUGUAUGAAACGUUACCCACAAUUAAUAUUACCAGUCUGAACAUGACUAAAAUCGAACAUCCUGACAUGCUGUCACAGACAUUGCCUCUACUCACCAACUUGCAGCAGCUAAGGAUAUGUUUAAAACGAUAUAUGGAGAUAAAACUACCAGAAUCUUUAAAGUAUGUGUUUAUAAUUUACACCACAUUUUCCCCUACAUCAUUACAAAAUUUCGUGCAGGACAUGUAUACCGCAAAACAAAACGUGGAUUUUAAACUGUUGUUCCGUGUUGAAGGGAAUGAAGACGAAUAUACGAGAAUCAAUCAAGAAGUUUGUAAACUGGAUACAGUGGAAGUGCAACAGUUUGAUGUUGUGGACAAACGACAUUAUUGUGGGGUUGUUGCUGCUACUGCUACACUUUUUUCUACCGCUGAUGAGACUGAUGACGAUUUCGAUAAGCAUUUACUACGGAGAGAGGGAUAUGUUGAUUCAAGAACGUGGUUGCAUUAUUGUAAAAUUCGACUUCAUGUUUCAUUAUCAGAGAACCUUCAUCGCUAGCGAAACUCGUGCCCCUUUAAUAUUCUUUGGUGCAGCUUUGUUAAAGCGAUUUCAUGAAAUAUGAUAGAGAGUAUAUAACUAACAAAUUAUACAUAAAUUUCGAAUCAUCGCAUUAAUUGAUUGUAUGCAAAUAUAGUCAAUUUGUUCUCAGAGAUAUAUUAAUCAAAAGUACAUGUCUAUUUUCUGUUCGAAUAAAACAUAUUCUGUACAUUAAAGGUAUAUACUUUUUACAUGCAAUUCAAACACGUGUCGGAAAAUAAUUUUGAAAACUAUCAGUUAUUUUUUUAGUUUACCGUUACAUUAAUUAAGUAUUAUUAAUUUAAAGAAAAUGACCUACUCUUAAUUUAAUACGAUCAAUAAUUAUUUAUUUAAAGAAUAAUACUUUAACAAAGUAUAAUAAUUCACUUUUAUAUAUUUUAUUUAUAUAAAUAUAUACCAUGCUCGUCACAUUUCUGUAUAGAGAAAAAUCUAAACCAUUAUAUUUACAUCUUCAAAAAUAGCAUACUCUUUUAUUUGGUGUAAUUGGAUAUGCGUUCGCAUUGAAAAUACUUAUUUCAAAUCUUGUUUUAAUCACAUAAUAACACACAAACUUGCGCUUUAUUUUCAAAGAAAAUACGUCUUUUAUGCAACCGGACUUCAAACAAUAAUAUAACGUGAAAAUGGUGUCGUAAAUAAAUGGCAAUGUCUUUCCGAAAUGACCAUUAUAAACAAGUUGCAUUGAUGAUUCGUCCAAUGUAUUGAAAACGCAAUGAUGAGUGUACACGGGCCGUCCGAAGAAUAUUGACGACUAGUACGUUGCUUUGUUGUGGCGAUUUAGGGCGUUGUCGGGAAGCACCGUCCCGGGAUGCUCGAGUCGUGAUCAUGGUCAUCUGGCUAGAUCCCAAGGUAAAGCUGACAGCAUAUCGACCACCUCGAGAAGUCAGCUGUGCUUUGCAGCCAAAACCGCAGUCUUAGUCGAACGUCAUUAUAUCUGGUGCCCAAAACUUGGGAAGCAACGUUGGCGAAACGACAUAAGAGAAAACCAUUAUCAUCAUCGCAAGUUGUCAAAUCUAUUGUACAAAGCAUGUGGCGAUCGAAGCGCAUAAAAUCAGCAGUCCAGAACACGAUCACCAUAACGUCUAAUCAAGUCUCGGAAGUGCAGAAUAUAGUUAUUAUCGCAGGUCAGUAAGUCAGCAGAGAAGAAUAUGAUUGUUCUUGCGGGAACCAAUCUCAGCAGCGAAAUCAAUAUUCAUCUGCACGUGUUAAAGUAAGCAGCGGCAUUAUGGCUAUUAUUGUGGGACAACAAGUCAACCAGCAAAGUCGUUGUGGUUACAGUGACGAAGUCGCAGCACAAACUCUUAUUAUCUUGAUAGGUAAUUGAAUCAGAAGUGCACAUCAUGGCCAUCAAAGCAGUCAACAAGUCAUAUAUGCAAAUCAGGAUGAUCAUAACAGUAACCAAUUCAUUAAUGCAUAUAAUUAUCAUCAGUGAGACGUUUGUCAUACCAGCGGAUCACGAAUUUAAUCAUUAAGCCAUGGUCUAAAUAAAGUGUCAUCAAUUAAGCAUCCUGAAGCAAGGUCAUAUGGCUGGUUAAUAUGAUAGCAACCAAACCCAUGGUCAUAAUCGCGGGCAUCGACGUCAGAAGCUCAAAAAUUGUGCCUUGUAGCUGGUCACCAGGUCAGUGACUCACAGCCAAUAAGGCAAAUCAUGUCCAACCUCACAUAGUUAUUAACAAAGGUCUCAAACCGCAGUUAACCAUGAAUAUUGUGCAAACAAUAGUCAUUAUCACGUGUCGUCAGACCAACAGUGAAAACCAGUAUUGACGCGGCUUGAGGACUUUUUAUCUACAGUGCCAGACAAUCAUGAUCCAUCGAAGGCAAUUUUACUGUUCUAUUUAAAUUGAAAUUAAAUUUACCUAGAAACAGUCUAUGCAAUUUCAACAAAGAACACAUAACUUACUUAAAUAUGUUCUGAACAUUUGAUUUCGUUUCUAAUAAUGUAAAGGACACAUUGGAUUAAACAUGUUUAAACAUGUAUAUUAUUCGACUUGAAAAAAGUAUUAACAGCAUAAAGGAAAAUCGCAUAUUUUAGCACAGUAUUGGUUUCAUUCACUGGUGAUUGUAGAAAAUAUGUUUGUAUAGUUUGCGGUUGAAUUUAACUUGCAAUUAUCUUCUUUCUUUAACAAAUAUUCCCUAUUUAUUCGCAUGUAUUUGUGUUAAACAUAACGUCCAUUCAAAGUGCCUAAUACUCGAUCUUUCUCUAAUGAUGAAGUAUCAACGUACAUCUCGAGUCCAUUCUGCUCCCAGGUUGAUGUACCUUCAAAAGUCUUAGGGACCGCCCCGAUCAUAGGUAGAAGUCACAACCCCUCUCAGGUCGUUAACGCAAUCAUCCCGAACGUCUUAGCGUCUAAUCUGCUUUCAGAAUGACGUCACUUCUUGCAUUAAGGAUCCACUUUUCUUAAACGACGACGACCCCUUUACUUACUUAUGAUUAAAUGUACUGUGAAGUUGGUAAUAAUUGUGCUAUAUUGUUCCUGAUAUCGGAUUGACAUUUACUAGCGUACCGUUAUUAUGCACGCGCAAUGCUAUGCUGUACCGAGAGAAUUUUGAAAGACAAACCUAUUUUCCAUCAUAUCAUACUAAAAUUGGUAUUUAUUCUUUUACAGCUGUCUGCUGUAGACAUGUAUAUAUUAAAUAAAUUCGAUUUGUUAAUAUGUCGUCAUUGUUGACAGGAGCUGUUUGUAAUUCAUCAUCGUCUGCGUUGAUCACUAUAUUAAUAAGCAAAACUUAUAGGUGAAGGAACAUACACAUGUUGUACAUAGAUUAUAGAUGUAAAUUUUUUCAUCCUUUCAACAAUUAAAUAUAAUGUAAUAAGCCUGAUAUAAUUAACAUUAAACGAUAACUAUUUAAUAUAUUACGUAAUAACAUUUGCCAAUUGUAAAUUGUUUCUUGCACAUGUUCAUUAAUAUCCGUUUUUGUAUAGUAAUUGUGACUUUUUCGUUUACACAAUUGAUAUUAUUAGCUUUAUGUGUCAUUAAUUAUCUAACUUUAUGACGUAAAAAAAACUACCGCGUAUCAUCACACAACCGUUAACAUCUGGAAUAUUCAUGAAAAUCCACUGUAAAUAUAUUGUAUACAUUGCACAUAAAAUCUGAAUGCCUCACUCUAAAUAAUAUGUGCACACCUUAUGUAUCUUCAUAAGGAUUCAUUCAAGUGAGUAGAAAUGGUUCUGAAUACAGAAAGCUGUCUCUUUAACAGUGGCGUCAGUGGUUUUAGUUAUCUGGAUCACUAUAUACCAUCUGGGAUGCCCUAAUCAAGAGCUAUGAAAAAACUACUACGGAGUCCUCCACGUACCUGUGUAUAUUAGCAUUGUUAAAGCGCUAUUAUGAACUUAAGUAAUACUGCAACGUUUGAAACAACUUCAGAGUCAGGUUUAUGGUAGGCGACAUUUUUGUUUGUUUGUAAAGCAUUUUAGUUAUGGAUAAUUAUAUAUAUAUUACAUGCAUUUUUCAGUUUUUUAUCAUUAGUUGACAAUAAAUCCAUGCAUGUUGAAUUCUAGAUAUCAACUUAAAAAAAAGUUCUCUUAAUUUAGAACAUAAGUGCAUUCGCAGCUUAUUUUGUGUACAUAUGUAUUUGUGUUAUUAUUAUUUUCUUGCUACAGGUGUGUAAAUAGUGUGCACUAUAAUAGUUGAUUACUUAGAAUAUGCUACUGUAACGUGAUGAGUAACAGAACAUACAAUAUAUCGUUAUUAAACAUUGCCAAUAAGAAAGUUUUAACAAUUUUGAAGUUCCGAUUCAAAUGGUAUAAAAAUGUGUCAGUUCAUGAUGGAAUGUAGCUCAUUUUAUGUUUUGCAUUUAAAUAUAGUUUCAGCAAAUGGUCUUUAAAAUUGUCCAAUAAACCAUUUUGCUAUAUAUACCCAAUGUUUAUCUGACGUGCACGUUUAUAUGUAUAAAAUAUCAUUUAUUUUUGUUUUGUCCAUAAAUUAUUUAGUUUUAAUAAUGUAUAUGUAAAUAUUAUUUCGAAUCUUAUGACAAUUAUGUAAUCUAUUGUUGAAUACCCGAUGUCGAUGUUUUUAAUGUGCGCUUGACUUAGAAAAGUCAUCGGACGAGUUUGCGUUAUCUGUAGUAGUCUAAUGCUACACAGAUAGAUAUAAAUCAUGUGAAUGUGUGUAUAUAAGAAUUAUAAUAUAUGUGUAUGUAUUUCUGUGAAUACUAUAUAUUUUGUGUAUAAAUAUUGAGUUACUAGUAAUCUUAAUAUAAAAUAAACAAAUUAAGUAUGUUCAUGUAUAUUAGAAGAUUACGUUACAAGUAACUGCGAAUUUAACACUGUAAAAUAAAAAUAUGUUUUCAAAUGUCAAAGUUUACAAUAGUACGUUCGUUUGCUGUCGCUUUUUAACCAGGUUUUCCGAAGGAAAAAACUGGUUAUUAGAUUGGCGAAUGCGGGCGGGCUGGCUGGCUGGCGGGCUGGCUGGCUGGCUGGCGGGCUGGCGGGCUGGCGGAAUAAGCUUGUCCGGGCCAUAACUAUGUCGUUCAUUGUCAGAUUUUAAAAUCAUUUGGCACAUUUGUUCACCAUCAUUGGACGGUGUGUCGCGCGAAAUAAUUACGUCGAUAUCUCCAAGGUCAAGGUCACACUUUGAGUUCAAAGGUCAAAAAUGGCCAUAAAUGAGCUUGUCCGAGCCAUAACUAUGUCGUUCAUCGUCAGAUUUUAAAAUCAUUUGGCACAUUUGUUCACCAUCAUUGGACGGUGUGUCGCGCGAAAUAAUUACGUCGAUAUCUCCAAGGUCAAGGUCACACUUUGAGUUCAAAGGUCAAAAAUGGCCAUAAAUGAGCUUGUCCUGGCCAUUACUAUGUCAUUCAUUGUGAUAUUUUAAAAUCAUUUGGCACAUUUGUUCACCAUCAUGGGACGGUGUGUCCCACGAAAGAAUCACGUCAAUAUCUCCAAUGUCAAGGUCGCCACGACUAAAAAUAGAUUUAAAAAAAAAAAAACUUACAAAGGGGGUUAAUUUUUUUUGGUCAUUUCAAAAGUUCAGUUUGAGUUUUCUCCCUUUAUCAGAUUUUUUUUUCACAAUGAAAACCUGGUUUUGUGACAAUUUUGUCCCUUGUUACUUUUGAAAUAAAAAUACGUACUCAACUUGUAAAGAUCGUUGGUGUGGUGUAUUACUGGAAUGUUGCAUGUACAUAACAUAAUAAUCUUAUUCAUGAGAUUUUUCUUACUAUUAAACAAAUGCUCAGUUUAUUAUCCAGUAGGGAUAAAGAUACACAUUUUCAUAGUUAUUUGGGCGAAAUAUUACAAUAAAAUAGUGUUUUUUACUAUGAAAAUUAAACAAAUGCAUAAUAAUUUCACGUACUUUUGUGCAAAUGAAAGUAUUAUUAAUAAUAACAAUCACCAAUUAGCCAAACUCACAAGAUAUCUGAAACAUAUGUGUAUUAGCAUUUAAUUUUUUUUAAUACCGUAUAUUGUACGAACUAGCGUUGACCUUGGCAAGGAAGACAGGAAAAAUGUGUUUUACAAAGAUAGCUUCAUUUAAUAGUAGUUUAUUUCUCCGUCUUCAAUUAGUUUAGUUUUUAUGCGGGUUAUUUAUAUAUGUUUAUGAACACAUAGUGAAUUCAAAAGGUGUACACAUUCGUUUGUCCAUAUACAAACAUGUAUGUUCAUAUGUAAGUUAAGCCCCUGGUGGUAGUUUAUGUUGAACUCUCGUUUAUAUUUUAACAUACACGUGUAUGUACGCCAUGUAAAACUAUGAAAUUUGCUAUAUAAUUAUGAAUGGUUAAGAUGUGAUGUGUGUGAUUUAAAAAAAAUAUAUUUAUGAUAUUUGUUUACGUUAAAUUUGUAUUGUAAGAAUGUAAAAACAUUAUUAAGUUUACUUCAAUGAAAUCUCCGCAUGUUCAUUUUAUUUUCUUGAUUGAAUUUCGACCUUAUUUCAGUGAAUGAAAACACGUAGCGUUACAAUACAGACACUGUGCCUACAAGAUAAUAAUCAUACUAAUAAGGCGCUGUUUUACAGUAGUAUUGGGUGCAUUAAUGUACAUGCAUCAUCACAUGCGUCAAUAAGGUAUCAGAACUGCAAUCGUGCACUAUAUUCGAUUUUCUAUAAUUAUCGUCACUCCAACCGUUUUUCAAGUAUGUUCGUACAACUACAAAACGUCGGUUUAAUAUAAAAAAAAGACAAUAGUCAUUAUACGCGACACUUGUAUCACAAAGUCCAAACAUUAGCUCGUUAAUCCUUAUUUACUAUCUUACAAGGCAAAUGUUAUGUAAUAACCUAGAAAUAUCUUCUUACUAAGUCUUGCCUGCACAAUAUUUAUGUUCAUAAGAGUGCAAUUUGUGGAGGAAUGUUCCAGAUAAAAAUCGUGAAAGAAAGAAUGAUGAUUUUUACUUUGGAAUGUCUGAGAAUCCUGGAUUGGUUAGUAUUGUUUCUUAAACUAAGAUUUAAGGUACAGAAUACCAUAACAAUAGGACAUAUGCGAGAAAAGAAAAAUAAAUAUUCAAAAAGUCGUAAUACUGUUUCAAUACCUCAACACACACAUACAUUUGUUGAACUGGUUUAAUAUUAAGUUUUUACAUACUGUCCUGGUUUAUCCCUGUUUAAAAUUCAUAUUUACAUUUAUAUAUACUUGGUGUAGUUGUUAACCUUUGUACUGUUUUAUUUUCAUUAAACUUGUCUUUGUAGAACGCUUUCUUAUUGUCAUGUGCAACAAUACAUCAUUAUUUGUUAGAAAACAAAGUAAUCUUUACAGCUAUUCAAAUCCAUCAUAGUUGUUGUUGUUGUUAAGUUUUAUUUUAGGAUUAUAUUAGUUUUCAUGACUCAAUGCUUUGUCAGGUAAUGCCGUAAGUUUAAUAUUUGACAUGCGCUCAUGUUGUGUUGCAUGGUAUAGUUGAAUUGUCAUAUGGUGUUUUAUUAUGGAAUACUUAUCAAUGAAUACAAUAAUUCUAUAAACAAAA